CGAAAGUCGUUUUGUUAAGCGAGAGUGUUUCAUGUGGACAGCUCGUUAUACAGAAACAUGAAGUUAUUGUCGUUUCUUCUUUGUCUGACUCUGUGUUUAAUUGCACAUGCAAAAGUGUCGUACGAUGGAUUUAAAAUGUACGAAGUUAUUCCACGGACCGGAUUACAAGUGAAGAUUUUAGAAGGCAUGUACACAGAAUCUAAGAUCGAUCGAGUUGAUUUUUGGGUGCCACCAAGGGGAAUUAACAUUCCAGUUCAGAUUUCGGUCUCGCCAAAAACUAAAAUAAUCGCAACUCUUCGACUCAUGGGAAUGGACACUACACUGGUUAUGGACAAUGUACAACACUUUAUUGACCAGCAGAAUAAGGUUGACCUUAAGUUCAAACCAAAAGGCAAAGCCGCAGAAUUCGAUUAUGGAGUAUACCAUGAUUUAGCAGCUAUAAACGAUUGGAUAACAAAUAUAACAACAGUAUAUGCAGACAAAGCUAAAGUUAUAGAAGUUGGAAAGUCAUUUGAAGGACGACCAAUCAGACUGAUACAGAUCGACACAGGCAAAGUUCAACAGAAAAAUGGUUUCUUUAUGGAGGGAGGAAUUCACGCCCGAGAAUGGAUUUCGCCUGCUACUGUGAUAUAUAUGACUGGUCAGAUGUUAGAUCUGUACGGUACAGACGCCAAGAUAACAGACAUUGUGGAUUCCUACACGUGGUACAUUUUACCAGUGUUCAAUGUGGAUGGAUAUGAAUACACUUGGACAAAGGACAGGAAUUGGAGAAAGACAAGAUCCAAACAUGGACUGUGUCACGGCGUUGAUCCUAACAGAAACUGGGAUUUUGAAUGGUGUAAGGGUGGCGCUAGCAAAGAACCUUGUUCAGAUACAUAUUGUGGUCCAUCUGCGUUCUCAGAAGUGGAGGUGAAGGCUGUUUCAGACUUUAUCAAUUCACACAAAGGCACCAUCAAAGCUUUUAUAGAUUUCCAUAGUUUCUCCCAGCUUUGGAUGACUCCAUGGGGUUAUACAAAAGAUCUACCAACGGAUUACACACAACUGAAUGCUGGUGCAAAGGCCGCGUGUGAUGCCUUAGAGGUAGAUUAUGGAACCAAAUACCAACAUGGGAAUAUUGCAGAUAUUAUUUAUGUAGCCAGCGGUAGCAGCGCUGAUUGGACAUAUGGAGCAGAAAAGAUCAAGUACUCCUACGCAGUUGAGUUAAGAGAUACUGGCGAAUAUGGGUUUCUACUACCAGCAGACCAGAUUCUUCCAUCUGGAAAGGAAACUCUAGAAGCACUCAAAGCUUUGUGCAGCUAUGUGUUUAAUAACUAACAACAUCAAAGUUAUCUUCGUAGCUUGGUGUUAUGUUCAUUUAUGAAAACUUGAAAAUUGUUAACAUGUGACAUUUAUAAAAAUGUAAUAAAUACAGUUUAAGUUU